GAAAAGGUAAACAAAAUUCGAUCAACUGCAGUGUCAAAUUUCACAAGCGGGCGUUGUUUAGCAUAAAUUCUUUGUAUUUAUAAAAGCGGAAUGCUUACACUUUGUAUUUGAAUCGAUUAAAACAAAUCAUGAGUGUCAGUAUUGUGCAAUACUUUGGAAGCCAGCUCGGCAAAUGCGGCUACUGCACAGGCACAAACUGCAGCAAGUCCAACGGUAUGCACGCAUAUCGCUUGGACUGCCAAGACUACCAAGAUCUCAUCGAUCGGGGCUGGCGGCGAUGCGGCAACUAUUGCUACAAGUUAAAGAACAAGGAGACCUGUUGCCCCUGUUACACCAUCAAAUGUGACGCUUUGGAAUUCAAGCUGACGAAGUCAAACAAGCGAAUACUUCGCCGUAUGAAUCGAUUUUUGCGUGAUGGCAAACGUGACCCUGUCGAGCAGGCGGCACGCGCAGGAAACGACGAUGACGUAACUGAGGGUGCGAAUGCACCAGCCAGCGAGCCGCAGCCUCAGAUGCCCGAUAAGAGUCCGGCUGUAAUCAAUGUCGAGCAGGCCAUGUCACUCGCGCAGGCUCAAAAGUCCAAAGCAAAGCCGGCCGGUGCUGCACAGGUGCUUUUAGCCCAAUCGCCAUCGCUGGGAUCCAACAAAUCUGCAACGGCGAUCUCAAACAAGCCACGCAAAAAGGCCAAGCAAAUGCGAUUGGAACGCCGGCAGGCUAAAUUGGGCGAUACGAAGGAGCCACCCUCGCAGAAAGCUGCCACGCAGGAGAAGAGUUUGACAGACUUUUUAUCGGAGCCCGGCGAAAGUAACAAACAUCAGCUAAAGAUCGUUCUGGUCGCAUCCUCAGACACACAGCGCACUUGUGCCGAUGCUGUACUAGCGUUGUAUCGAAAAUAUCAAGUAGUCAUACACAAUGAUAAUCCCGCACGCCUCACCCUAGCUAGUAUGCAGCGGUUUUUGAUCAAGUCGGCCCUUAAGAACGAAAAGCCUGACGAUGGACCCGAGAUGGGCUAUGGCUCGUUCCACCAGCAGUAUUGGCUCGACGACAAGCUGAUUGCCGUGGGCGUGAUUGACAUCUUGCCGGGUUCGGUUAGCUCCGUGUACUUCUUCUAUGAUCCGGACUACAGUUUUCUCUCUCUGGGCACAUACGGCUCGCUAAGGGAAAUAGAUUUCGUGCAGACGAUUGCCGCCACCACGCCUGCUCUAAAAUAUUACUACAUGGGCUUUUACAUACACUCCUGUCCGAAGAUGCGCUACAAAGGAAAGCUCUCUGCCUCCUAUUUGCUUUGCCCAGAGACUUAUGUUUGGAUACUGCUCACCGACGUCAUUCGGUCUAAGCUGGAUGCCAACAAGUAUCAGCGACUAAAUGAUGAUGCAGCUGCUAGAGAUGUCAACGAAUUCUUAGUCGAGCAUUUAGAUGAAGUGAUGCUUCUGCUGGAUGCCAAAACAUGCAUGAAAUAUAAGAAUUAUGUGCAGAUUACUGGCACCGAUAGCGAUCGCGUUGAGAUUAUCGAGUACAGCGAGUUGGUGGGAAAAGUAUGCGCACACCGCAUGCUUUACGUUAACAUGGCCUGAGAGUCAAGUAGUUGAAGUAAUUUUAUUUGUUAAAUCUGUCCGUUUAAAGUCUAAAUUGAUCAGUCAGCAGCUAAUAACCUUUUGUCAAGCUAAAGUGUGCUCUAAAUUCUGCUUAAAAAAUAUCGAAAAUUGUUAAUUAAUAUGUUGUAAGCCAUGCCAAGAUAUAAUUAUGAUGUGAUUCGAUGGGUUAGCAUUUCAUUCAAAAUUAAUCUUUCUCUGAGAAUCGAAUUAAUAAACAUGAAAUUCAUUAGGAAAA